CUGCAUAGAUGGGUGGGGCUGGCGGCACUGCUGGGCGGGGGCUGCUAGUGCAGGGAGGAGCGGGCGACGCUACUGGGUGGGGUCUGCGGAGCUCUGGGCGGGGCCUGCGGAGCGUAGGUUGGGCCUCAGCCGCGGAUACAUAGGCUGUUUUUGUGACGGGGCAGUGCAUUCGCUAGCCAACGAGCAAGGGGUCUACUAAGACUUUAAUGUAGCUCGAGUCUGGUGGGGUCCAAGUCCCAGCCAAGAUCUGCAGUUCUCUCUUCUUCCGCGUGAGCCAGAAGCCAGGUCGACUGUUAAAGCAAUGGCUAGGGAUGAGGUGUGGAAGCUAGCGGAGUCACAGAAUGUGGAGAACCUGGGUUACAGUUCCUCUCAGUCAUCUCAUCAAUGCCUUCCAUUCACCAAAAAAUAUAUCCGUUUCCGUCAAUACAUCUGCUUCUCCAAAACAGCAUCGAGAUACAGUUGCUGAGCAUGAAGCUCCCAGUAGUGAGCCUGUGCUUAAUUUAAGGGACCUUGGAUUAUCUGAAUUGAAAAUUGGACAGAUUGAUAAACUGGUAGAAAAUUUACUUCCUGGAUUUUAUAAAGACAAAAGAGUUUCUUCCUGUUGGCAUACAUCUCAUAUCUCGGCACAGUCCUUUUUUGAAAAUAAAUAUGGUCACUUAGAUAUGUUCAGUACAUUACGUUCCUCUAGCUUGUACAGGCAACAUCCAAAAACUCUUCAGAGCAUUUGUUCAGAUCUUCAGAAUUUUCCAGUUUUCAUACAGUCUCGUGGUUUCAAAACUUUGAAGUCAAGGACACGGCGUUUGCAAUCUACUUCUGAAAGAUUAGCAGAAGCACAGAAUAUAGCACCAUCAUUUGUGAAGGGGUUUCUUUUGCGGGACAGAGGAACAGAUCUUGAGAGUUUGGACAAACUUAUGAAAACUAAAAACAUACCUGAAGCUCACCAAGAUGCAUUUAAAACUGGUUUUGCAGAGGGUUUUCUCAAAGCUCAAGCUCUUACACAGAAGACCAAUGAUUCCUUAAGGCGAACUCGUCUGAUUCUCUUUGUUUUGCUCCUGUUUGGCAUUUAUGGACUCUUAAAAAAUCCAUUUUUAUCUGUGCGCUUCCGGACAACUACAGGACUUGAUUCUGCAGUAGACCCUGUCCAGAUGAAAAAUGUCACUUUUGAACAUGUUAAAGGGGUGGAGGAGGCCAAACAAGAAUUACAGGAAGUGGUUGAAUUCUUGAAAAACCCACAGAAGUUUACUGUGCUUGGAGGUAAACUUCCCAAAGGAAUUCUCUUAGUGGGGCCACCAGGAACAGGGAAGACCCUUCUUGCCCGAGCUGUGGCAGGAGAAGCUGAUGUUCCUUUUUAUUAUGCUUCUGGAUCAGAAUUCGAUGAGAUGUUUGUGGGUGUAGGAGCCAGCAGGAUCAGAAAUCUUUUUAGAGAAGCAAAAGCAAAUGCUCCUUGUGUUAUAUUCAUUGAUGAAUUGGAUUCUGUUGGUGGGAAGAGAAUUGAAUCUCCAAUGCAUCCAUAUUCAAGGCAGACUAUCAAUCAACUUCUUGCCGAAAUGGAUGGUUUCAAACCUAAUGAAGGAGUAAUCAUUAUAGGUGCCACAAAUUUCCCAGAGGCAUUAGAUAAUGCCUUAAUACGUCCUGGUCGUUUUGAUAUGCAAGUUACAGUUCCAAGGCCAGAUGUGAAGGGUCGUACUGAAAUUUUGAAAUGGUAUCUUAAUAAAAUAAAGUUUGAUAAAUCUGUUGAUCCAGAAAUCAUAGCUCGAGGAACUGUUGGGUUUUCUGGAGCAGAGUUGGAGAAUCUUGUGAACCAAGCUGCAUUAAAGGCAGCAGUUGAUGGAAAAGAAAUGGUUACCAUGAAGGAACUAGAGUUUUCCAAGGAUAAAAUUCUAAUGGGACCAGAAAGAAGAAGUGUGGAAAUUGAUAACAAAAACAAAACUAUAACAGCCUAUCAUGAAUCUGGUCAUGCUAUUAUUGCAUAUUACACAAAGGAUGCAAUGCCAAUCAAUAAAGCUACAAUCAUGCCACGAGGGCCCACACUUGGACAUGUAUCACUGUUGCCUGAGAAUGACAGAUGGAAUGAAACUAGAGCCCAGCUGCUUGCACAGAUGGAUGUUAGUAUGGGAGGAAGAGUGGCAGAGGAACUCAUAUUUGGAACCGAUCAUAUUACAACUGGUGCUUCUAGUGAUUUUGAUAAUGCAACAAAAAUUGCAAAGAGGAUGGUUACCAAAUUUGGAAUGAGUGAAAAGCUUGGAGUUAUGACCUACAGUGAUACAGGAAAGCUAAGUCCUGAAACUCAAUCGGCCAUUGAACAAGAAAUAAGAAUCCUUCUACGGGAAUCAUAUGAACGAGCAAAACAUAUCCUGAAAACACAUGCGAAAGAACAUAAGAACCUGGCCGAGGCGUUGCUGACCUAUGAGACUUUGGAUGCCAAAGAGAUUCAAAUUGUUCUUGAGGGGAAGAAAUUAGAAGUGAGAUGAUAACUCUGUUGAUAUUGCUGGUUUUAUUACAAGAAUAUACUUAGUCCUACAGUCUCCUUUGCAACACUUCCAACCCCCACUUCUGACUUGGUAUCUAAUUCCAGGAUGUGAAACACUUUGUCAGUCUUCUGUUCCAUUAUUUGAUUUUGGUUAUUCCUGUGGUGAUACUCAUUGGAGAUUAGUAACCUAUAACAAGUACACGAAAAGAUAAAUAAAGAGCUGUCAGGAUUAAAGUCAAUUGAAAAAUGUCAAUCAUGGUGAAAGUAAGCAAUCAUUUUGUGGUUGAUUACUCCAAGUGAGUAAAAAUUGUGCCUUUAUGUACUGGUAAGUAUGGUUUUUUUUUUCUUUGCAAGCUAAAUUUGAAAAUCUAUCAUCUCCUGAUGGUAACAUUUCUCUUUGGGGAAACAAAUGCCAUGGAUAAACCAUUUCUACUUAUAUCAGUAGAAAUGCCAUUAAGAUGUACUUAAUUUUGUUCUUGAUUGACCAUGUAAAAUGGCCUUUAAAAGAAGCUAUUUGAAUUGUAAAUAUAAAUAUAUACUCAGAAUUUAAAUGAUUGUAAUGGUUUAAAAAUGCACAUGUAUGCCCAUUUUCUUUCAGAUAUUACUAUCUCACUGACAAAAUUUGUUUCAGAACAACAGUAUUUUAUGAAGUAAACAAGUAAAUUAUAUUCUGAAUAUCUGUAUAAUUACAUUAAUCUCAAAAUCAAAAUGAAAACAAAAACUCAAUUCCUUUCAGAAAUGAUCUCUCACUGUCACCUUGUCAGAAUUUGGAAGGCUUGUGCCAUCUGCACAUUAAAGGCUUUAAUAGGGGAUUUCAUAUUCAAAUCAGUAGACCAUAGUGUAAGCGAAUGAAUGCAUUGGUGUUAAAAACCAAGCUACAUUCUUGAAGGACCUAUUAAAAUUACAUUCAGUUUUCUUAUUGAGGAUGUAUAUGGUCUUUAUUCAAGAAUAUAGGUAUAAUUAAAAGGACCUUGUUACAUGAUACUUUUGACCUUUUUAAAUAAUGUUAAAUUUUUGAUACAAUUUCAAAGUGAAAAUGUUGAUAGAGUUCCUUUAUAUUGAUCUAGACUGACAGGUUUUAAUUUUCACUGCUUUUUGCUGUCUCAAUUGUCAUUCAUGUUCAUGUGUUCUCUCACCCUUGUCCUCUCAUUCUCUAUAUACUCAUGCACACACAUAUGGAAAACAUCGGUGUUUUAUCUGACCUGACUUCAGACAUUUUUACAGUCAUACUGAGUUGUAAUUUUCAUGUUAUAAAACUUAUCCACUGUAAAUAUAUAUACCAAAGACUUUUUUUUUUUCCCUGUGUAAUAGUUACCACAAUUAGAUUUUAGGACAAUUUUUUUUUCAAAUUCAAAAUUCAAAGUUACUACACAGUUUUCCUUUGUAGCUUAUAUUAUGUGAGGUUUCAGUUUCAUCAUUAGUCAACAUAAAGUGGUGUUUCACCGUGGACAUCCAAAUUGAAUUCGUAAAAUUCCAGUCUCAGUGAAUUAUAUAGCGAGUUCACUAUGGCUUUAGAGUUUUAGUUGGUUUUAUUGCUUCUACUUUGUGUGUAUGAAAAGACUUUGACAGCCAAGUCUGGAUAUAAUUAGGUGGAGAAUUUUCUGCUCGGUAUGUCUGGUAAACCAAGGAUGUUUCAUGAGCUAAUUAUCAACUUCCUCUGGGUUUUUCAUAUCACAGAAAUAUCACACUUAUUUGUAUCUUGCAGAGCAGCCAGCCACUUCAGGCUAGUAAGCUGCUUAUUGCUGAGCUCAUAGAUUUAGUCAAUAGUAUACCAAAUCAGCUAAGUUCUUUUAUGAAAAUGAGAAUAAACCUUUUUAUAUUUUUUUUAGGAUGGGUUUUUGUGUUUGGUUGUUUGUUUUGUUUGGUUAAGGGUCUUUUCCAGAAAGUUCUCUAUGUAGCCUAGGCUAGCCUCCAACUGACAUCCUUCCACCUGAGCCUCCUGGGUGCUGGGAAUGUAGGUAUGCUCCAUCAUUCUUGGCAUCUUAUUUACAUGGUCUUCCUUCAUCCUGGUUUGAACAUGAGUGCUAUGAACUGCUUUGAGUUUGAAGGCUCACCAAAGAAUAAUGGUCUUGGUUAAAUUUAGAAACAAGUCAGACUUUGUUGUAGCUCUUUUGCUAAUUCCUGGAGUCAUAGAAUGGUUGGUUGUGUUGGUUUUGUUGAGGUUUGUAGUAGACUCUCUUUAAAAUAAAAAUAAAUUUAUCGUU